AUGAAGUUCUCUCCUAAUUCCGGAACGAACCAUGACUACCGUGAUAAAUUCAAAGUGGAAGAGCACAAGGAUGAAUCCCGUUCAAUUAAAGAAAUACCCAAAAGUGGAGAUAAUAGUACAUGGUAUCUUUUUGUAAAAAAUUUCGAGCAAGAUUGGCGAGAUUUCAAUAAUGACGUGACAGUCAAAAGGGACGAAUGGUUUGAAGAAAAAAAUGUCGAAUCGAAAAAAUUGACAAAGUCCAUGGAAGAUGAUAAGAAUAAAUGGUUCAAAGCAAAAGAUAGAGAAUUGCAAAUUCUGAAAAAAGCAUUAGAGUAUAAAUUCGCUAGUGUUGAUCCUACGCUGUGUAAACGACGUGAAACCGCUAUUUCGGGGAAACCUACAAUGGAACCAAUUGCAUUGAAAGGAGCUGAUGCUGAUCAUCAUGAUAAAAAAGAGGCCAAAGACACCAAAGCAGCAGAUUCCGAAAAGGAAAAACAGAUAAAUAAGUAUCCAGCACAAGUGCAACAGUUUGGAAGUACGCACCAACAACAAAAUAUUGGGAAAACAGGUGAAGGAGCUAAUCUUCCUAAUAAAACACCAUCUGCAAAUGUAGAAAACCAAACUCCUGUAGCUCCUCCUAAGUGUCAAACUGAAAGCCCCGAACAAAAGGAGAAUAUUGCCCAUAAAUAUGAAAAAGAUACAAUCGAAGAUUGGAAAAAAACAAUGCAGAAUAAGAACUUAAAAGAUGAAAAUAAAAUUACUAAACCAGUUGGCAUUGGACUUUCUGAAAAAUCAGAAAAAGACGAAGAAAAAUCCAAGAUAGUAGAUGACAAGGAUAAAAUGUGUAAACAAGGGGAUAAAGUCGUGGAAAAUAAACUUGCUACUGCUGCCAAAGAUGAUCCAACUAAAAAACCAAAUUUAGAAAUGCUGAGAAAAACACAACAAAUGCAAGAUCCAAGUAAAAGAAAAGUACGUGCAAAUAUAUGUAAAAAAUUCGAUGAACAGAAAAAAAAAUUGAACCAAGAGGCAGAAGAACAACCGAAACCACAACCAUCCCAACUGCAACCACAAGAACAAGUGAAACCGCAACCUCAACCUCAACCGGAUCCACAGCCACAAGAACAAGUGAAACCACAGCCACCAGUGAAACCACAACCACCAGUGAAACCACAACCACAAGUGAAACCACAACCACAAGUGAAACCACAACCACAAGUGAAACCACAGCCACAAGUGAAACCACAGCCACAAGUGAAACAACAGCCACAAGUGAAACCACAGCCACAAGUGAAACCACAGCCACAAGUGAAACCACAGCCACAAGUGAAACCACAGCCUCAAGUGAAACCGCAGCCACAAGUGAAACCGCAGCCACAAGUGAAACCGCAGCCACAAGUGAAACCGCAGCCACAAGUGAAAACACAGCCACAAAUGAAACCACAAUUGCGGCCAAAACUGCAACUGCAACCACAACCACAACCAUCCCAACUGCAACCACAACCACAACCAUCCCAACUGCAACCACAACCACAACCAUCCCAACUGCAACCACAACCACAACCACAAUCACAGCCGAAAUCGCAACUCCAACAACUGCUAAAACUGCAACAACUGCUACAGCCGCAACAAGUGCUACAACUCCAGCAAAUGCUACAGCCGCAACAACUUCUAGAGCUGCAACAACUGCUACAACCAGAACAACUGCUACUGUUGCAACAACUGCUACAACCGGAACAACUUCUCCAACUGCUACAACUGCUACAACUCCAACAACUCCUACAGCCGGAACAACUGGAACAGCUGCAAAAACUGGUACAUCAGCAACCACAGCCACAACUCCAAGAACUGCUACAGCCGGAACAACAGGAACAGCUGCAAGAGCUGCUGCAACUCCAACAACUCCUACAGCCGGAACAGCAGCAGUCACAGCCGCAACUGCAACCCGAAAUGAAACCACAACUGCAACCAGAAAUGAAACCACAGCUACAGCCACAACCACAACCACAAGUGAAACCACAGCUACAGCCACAGCCACAACCACACCCGCAAAUGCAACCACACCCGCAAAUGCAACCACACCCGCAAAUGCAACCACACCCGCAAAUGCAACCACACCCGCAAAUGCAACCACACCCUCAAAUGCAACCACACCCGCAUAUUCAACCACACCCACAAAUGCAACCACACCCCCAAAUGAAGCCACAACCACAAUGUAUGAAAAUGCAAAAAGGAGUUAGAAAACCCAAGUACAAAAUUCCCGUCGUAACAGCUGAAAAUAAUAGAGCUUAUAAUGCACAUCAACAAAAUCUAAGGAAAACUGGUCAAUGGGGUGUUGUUGCGAAAGGACGACCCGGGAAACCUAAGCUAACACCAUGCCAUCAGAAUGUUCCAGGUAAAUCAUUUAAAGUAGAAGGUGGAAAAGUUAAGAAUGUUCCGCAAGGAGUACAAAAGAAAUACGUUAUUCCAAAAGCUCCAGUAAAAAUGCAACCAAAGACAGAAAAACAAAAAUCGCAAGAUCGUUCAGUUGUAAGAGAAGAAAUUACAGAAACCGAAUCAGUACUAAGUGAAGAGGAAGAAAGCGAAACCGAGUCAAUACUAAGUAGAGGAGAAGUAACCGAAACCGAAUCUGUAGUAAGUGAAAAACCGAGAAUUCCAGUAAUAUUUGCAUAUUCUGUUAAAGCUAAAAAAGAUGCUCAAUCCGCUAGAGAUAAGAAAUCAGGUAUCUUUAAACAUACCGGAAAAUAUCAAAAGAACAAGUAUAAAGAAAAAUGCGAAACCGAGUCAAUACUAAGUAGAGCAGAAGUAACCGAAACCGAAUCUGUAGUAAGUGAAAAACCGAGAAUCCCAGUAAUAUUUGCAUAUUCUGUUAAAGCUAAAAAAGAUGCUCAAGAUGGUGUAGAUAAGAAAUCAGCUAUUUCUAACCUUACCGAAGAAGAUCAAACGAAGAAGGAUGAUGCUAAAACUGAGACAAAACCGUUAGAAGAAGGUGAUGCUAAAACUGAGACCAAACCGCUAGAAGGUGAUGCUAAAACUGAAACAAAACCUUUAGAAGAAGGUGAUGCUAAAACUGAGACCAAACCGCUAGAAGGUGAUGCUAAAACUGAAACAAAACCGCUAGAAGGUGAUGCUAAAACUGAAACAAAACCGCUAGAAGGUGAUGCUAAAACUGAGACCAAACCGUUAGAAGAAGGUGAUGCUAAAACUGAAACAAAACCGCUAGAAGGUGAUGCUAAAACUGAGACCAAACCGUUAGAAGAAGGUGAUUCUAAAACUGAGACCAAACCGCUAGAAGGUGAUGCUAAAACUGAAACAAAACCGCUAGAAAGUGAUGCUAAAACUGAAACAAAACCUUUAGAAGAAGGUGAUUCUAAAACUGAGACCAAACCGUUGGAAGAAGGUGAUGCUAAAACGGAGACCAAACCGUUGGAAGAAGGUAAUGCUAAAACGGAGACCAAACCGUUGGAAGAAGGUGACGCAAAAACUGAGACAAAACCUUUAGAAGAAGGUGAUGCUAAAACUGAGACCAAACCUUUAGAAGAAGGUGAUGCAAAAACUGAAACAAAACCGCUAGAAGAAGGUGACGCAAAAACUGAAACAAAACCUUUAGAAGAAGGUGACGCAAAAACUGAAACAAAACCGCUAGAAGGUGAAACUAAAACUGAGACAAAACCGUUAGAACAAGGUGAUGCAAAAACUGGAAGCCAAACACAGCCAGAAACUGAAGAUAAAUCCUGUGCAUUGAAAAAUUUUACCACUCCAGAACCAAACAAGGAAGACGAAAAAUUGGAAACAAAAUCAGUGGCAGGUAGCGAAAAGCAUGAAAGCGCAUCAGAAGGGGGAACUGAGUACCAGAUGCACGUUCUUAGUGAAGGGAAGAGUGUAGAAGGAGACAAUGAAGAUGAAGGAAGCGUGUACUAUCAUAAUCAAGAGAGCACGGAAGGAGACGAUGAGGAAGAAGGAAGCGUGUACUAUUACAAUGAAGAAGGCGCAGAAGGAGACGAUGAAGAUGAAGGGAGUGUGUACUAUUACAAUGGAGACGGCACGGAAGAAGGAAGUGUGUAUUAUUACAAUGAAGAAGGCGAAGAAGGAGACGAUGAGGAUGAUGAAAGCGUUUACUAUCACAAUCAAAAAUGUGUGAAAGAAGACAUUGAAAAACAAAUGCACAAUAUGUACCAAAAUGGUAUGCCAGUUAAUGAUCCAAAUGAUGAAAAUUUUGAACAUGGGCAAGAGAAAAAAAUGCAACUAAGAGAAGCAGACUAUGGGAAUAAUAUGGCUAAAGAAAAACUUGUACUCUCAGAUUACAAAGAAUGGCUUGAUGAAAAGGAACACCCUAUAUCACGCGCCCUACAAAAUCUAUGGUAUAAGAUUAUGAAUUCUAAUUUUAUGAUUCGUCGUAGAUAUAAAGGUCGUAAUAAAGAUAAAGACAUGCCCAUAAAUCCUGAUUGGGAGAACUGGAUGGAGGAAUUAAAUAAGGAAUGGGAACUUUACAAUUCCUAUAUACAAAAAGAAAGAGAGAAAUGGUUCAAUUUAAAGGAAAUGGAGUUCCUUAAAUUUAUAGAAGACUUCCAAUUUAAAUGGAUGCAUUACAACAAUGAAUUAUUAGAAGAUCACGGUUUCGAUGUUUACAAGAAGUCAGAAAAAUGGGACGAUUCCAAAUGGAUCAAAUGGAUUGAGAAGGAUGGAGAAUCCAUCAUGGCGAUGGAUAUAGAGAAAUGGAUAGACCAAGUUAGAAAAGAAUACAAUUUAUGGCAACUGGAAGAUUGGGAACAAUGGAAAAAUAACAAAAUUUUUGAUUGGUUAUUGAGUGAAAAGAAAUGUGAUCAAUAUCAGUAUUGGCUAAAAUGGGAGUAUUCAAAUAAACAACCAUCACUUAGAAGCCAAAAACUCGACUGGUACACAUGGAAUAUGCUUAGGGGCACUGAAGCUGAAGACUGGCAAAAGUGGGUCCAUGAAAAAGAUCAGAUAUUAAUACAAGUUAAGAAUGAAAUAUGGAAUAAUUGGAAAUCGGAAAGAAAAAACGCCUUUCUCUCAAUGCUCAACCGCUUUGUUAACAAUUGGAUAGUCAAGAAGCAAUGGAAAUUGUGGUUACUUAACGUGCAUCGCCCCUAUGAUAUCAUUAAUUUGUCAGUUCUUAUUAAAAAACAAAAUUUUAAAAAGACCAAAAACUCUAAUAAUAACGACCCUUAUGGAAACCCCGUACAGUAACUGAUAGCUAACAGGAAGUGUCCAGCACCCCAACAAAAGUUCUGCCCUGCUAAGAAAACACAAAAUAAAAAUCCGAAGUUAUCCAAAAUGACGGCAAUUUUCACAGUUUCUCGUUUACAUAUUAUCUUGUUUGCUUUAUGUUCAGUUUUCAUCUUAAAUCCCUCCCAUGCUGGAUGCACUGAAAGGGAAGGAAUCACGUAUUCUCAUCCAAACAAUUUAAUGCAAUUUUGGAAAGAUGACGUAGACCAAUCAGAACAAUUAAAAAAAUGUGCAUGGAAUAACUGGAUGAUAAGGUUGGAAUCAGAAUGGGAAAAUUUCAACGAAUCCAUGAAGAACAAAAAGAACGUAUGGCUAGAAGAAACAGAAAAAGAAUGGACCGAAUGGAUUAAACAAAUGGAAAAUAAAUGGAUGAAUUAUAAUGAAAAUAUUAAAGAGGAAUACAAGGAUUAUCUCAUAUCCAUAUCUGCUACAUGGACUCCUGAAGAAUGGGAAGAAUGGAUAAAAACAGAAGGAAAAAGCUUUAUGAAAACAGAUUUAGAAAAAUGGAUUAAAGAAAAAGAAACAUCAUUGGAUUUGUUACUAUUAACAGAUUGGGUCCAGUGGAAAAAUGAAAAGAUCAUGGCAUGGCUACUGAACGAUUGGAAAACUGAAGAAGACAACUACUGGUCACAAUGGGAACACUCAACAUGGCAUAAGUGGUUCAAUUUGACAGAGAGAAAACACUGGCUAAAAUGGAAAGAAAGAAAUCAUAGGGAAGGUGAACAAUGGUCUACUUGGUUGAGAGUGAAAGAAAAUGUUUACAUAUUUAACGAAUGGAAUAAUUGGUCAAUGUGGAAAAGUGAAAAAGAAGAAUUCUUCAAUAAAUGGAUGGAUAAUACAAUUAACAAGUGGAUAAAUGAGAAGAAAUGGAACUCCUUGGUGGGCACAGAAAAUGAGUCAUAA